AUGAACCACUACGUCAACAGCCGCUUCACCAACUUCUACAGAGCCACCAUAGGAGCAGAUUUCUUCACCAAAGAGCUACGACUAGAUGACAAACUGGUGACAGCACAGAUUUGGGAUACAGCGGGCACAGAGCGCUUUCAGUCUCUGGGUGCAGCACUCUACAGGGGCACAGACUGUUGUUUGCUGGUCUUUGACGUGACAUCCCCUAAUUCCUUCCACGCUCUUGACACCUGGCAUAGAGAAUUUCUGGUACAAGCUGAUCCUUCAUCUCCAGACAAAUUUCCCUUUGUGGUGAUUGCCAACAAGACAGAUCUGGAGGAACGUCAGGUUUCUCCUCGUCAAGCACAGGAGUGGUGCAAGUCGUAUAAUGCAGAAUACUUUGAAACAAGUGCAAAGGCAGCGGUGAAUGUAGAGGAAGCAUUUGUGCAAGCCAUCAGGCUAGCCCUGAAACAUGUAUGUAUAAUUGAGAAAAUGUAUUCAUCUUUAUUACAACCUAUAGGGAAAGUGUAG